CCUCACCAAACCAAACCAAACCAAACCUUUCUUCUCUCCCGUACUCCCACCAUGCGCACCACCACCGCAGCAUUCCUAGCCGCAGCAGCAGCGUCGGUCGACAAGGGCUUCUACGCGAACGCCGUUGUCACCAUCGAGGACGCCCAGGCCUGCAACGCCGACGUCCCCGCCAUCGACUUCCUCGUCCUGGAGGGAGAYGCCAACGCCGAGGCCAUCGAGGACGAGGUCCGCGGGGACCUCGAGAAACUCGGCUUCAAGGUCGAAACCCGCAUGCUCGGCAAGAACGACUUCAACCAGGCCCGGGCCAGGGGGGACUUUGGGCUCUCCUUCAGCGAGACCUGGGGGACCCCGUACGAUCCCCACUCGUACGUUUCCGCCUGGGAGGCCGAGGACAAUGCCAACCACAACGCCCUCGUCAACCUGGACGGKGGUGCCUCUCGCGAGGAGCUCCUCACCAUGAUCGAGGACACGCUCCAGGAAGAAGACAUGGCCGUGCGAAAGAGCAAGUGGAAGGACGUCCACAACUACUACCACGAGCAGGCCAUGAUGCUCCCGCUCUGGGGGCGUCGCGUGGUUGCCGUGAUCAACAACCGGCUGGGGGGAUACGAGCCCGGCCACCAGCAGUUCGAUUUCCCGGUUCACAAGCUCGUGCCGCUGGAGGGCAGCACCACGGUCACCAUUUCUCCCGGAGCCCUGACGGGGCGCUUCGAGACGGUCGGAAACCUGGAUCCCCACACGUGAGUACACCCGAAACCCGACCGAGGGCGGGAUGGAUGCUUGGCGGUUGGAUUCACCGUUAAAUCGAUUCGUUCACUGAUGGAUUGCGCAUUACAACGACGCUCACUUGUUCCGGUAUUGUUGUACGUUGCAACCUUCUGAUCGGCGUUCUCGUUUCAGCUACAACCCGAAUGAGUUCUUUGCCAACAACUGGGUCUAUGAGGGACUCGUCCAGUACGGACCCGAGGGCGAGAUCCUACCGGCCCUCGCCACCUCCUGGGAGGUGGAAGACUUUGGACCGGGCUCAAAGUACACCUUUCAGCUACGAGAGAACGUGACCUUCCACGACGGGGCGGCAUGGGACUGCACGGCCGCCAUUAUGAAUUUCGACCACGUCCUGGCGGGGGCCCUCAAGGAACCCGUCUGGCACGGCUGGUAUGGGGUGCCCAAGUAUCUCGACUCGUGGGAGUGCAGCGAUAUGGAGCUCACCCUUACCACCUCGGCCAAGUUCUACCCCUUUUUGCAAGAGCUCACCUUCAUCCGUCCCCUCCGCUUUUUGUCGCCCAACGCCUUUGCCGAGGGCCCCGAUUCCGAUCCCUACACGGCCAACUCGUGCGAGCGAGGGUGGGGAACCCUCGAAGCCGAGGACACCACCCAGCCGGACGUGGUCUGCGCGGGAAUCUCCAACAUUUCUGGAACGGGGCCCUUUGCCUUUGUCUCCCGAGAGCAGUCGAUGCUGACGACGAUGGACUUUGACGAGACCCGGGUCGACGACGUGGUCGAGUUCGCCGCAAACAAGGACUGGUGGGGCGGAGCCCCCGCCAUCGAGACCCUCAAAGUGRUCCGCUACGAUGACUCGGAUGCCAUCCAGGCYGCMCUCCUGGACGGGAGCCUCGACGUCAUGUGGGGGGACGGCGUCCUUUCGUCGAACGCCAUUACCGAGCUGGACCAAAAGCGCAGCGAGAACCCCCACCUGAACGUCUUUAUCGGGGACGACAUCCAGAACGUGGUUCUCUUGCUCAAYACGGGUACCCCCCCGCUCGACGACAUUCGUGUCCGCAAAGCCGUCAUCCACGCCAUCAACAAGAAGGCCCUCAUCGAGAAGGAACUCGGUGGUUUUCUGGAUCCUGUAGACAACGUCUUUGGCCGCGACAUGCCCUACUGCGACGUCGACCUGACCCCCCACUGGGACCACGAUCUGGAAAAGGCCAUGCUCCUCAGCUGCAACCUGGAAGGGGCCAACGCGCAACAGAUCGGAGCCGAGGACAACUCGUCCCUUGCGAUCGGCCUCGGUGUCGGCCUCGGUGCCCUGUGCUUGAUCCUGCUUGCGGUGUCGGCCACGUUUUUCAAAAAGAGCAAGGACCUGGAGGCCAAGCUGGUCGAGCCCAAGGAAGCGGUUGCCGCCUAAGAGAKUGCUGGGAACGAAACGAGCCCCRCAGACACGAAUGGACGGCAGAUGAUGAUUCCUCGAUCCYUGGCUUCAUCUUGCCGCGUGGCGGUGUAUUUCGACGAAGCAUUGAUUGUUUGGAUGUAUUCGAUUCAAUUCGACUUGAUUCRCUUUUCUGGAACACCACAGUAGUACCGUGAAUGAACGACAAGAAUCUCGUCGUUAUGAUAUUUUGUUAAUGAUGUGACGAU